AUGGCAAAUCAGCAUGACGAAGAGUGGAGGUUGGCGGCUCUUUGCAAAAGUCUGGGCAAUCUAUGGUCCGAGGAAAAUGUGUUGCAUAUUCCAGGUGAAAUUUCUGAAGAAAAUCUGCUAGCAUGCCGGAAAACGUUGUAUGGAAAGUUCUUUAAUAAGCCUAAUGUGAACUUUAAUGCAUUUAUCAGUACGAUGAAAAAAGUUUGGCGGAAUGAAAAUUUUACUUGUGCUGUGAUAGAGCCUGGAUAUUUCUCCUUUUCUUUCCAAUCGGAGGCUGAAAAACAGCGAAUAUUAGAUUCUGGGCUGUGGUCAUUUUCAAGUAAUUUAUUAGUUCUAAAGCAGUGCGACCCCGACACCCCUAAUAUUUGUUAUGAAUUUAACCACUAUGAUUUCCGGGUGAAUCUCUUUGGCCUGCCUUUUGGGAGAGUUACAUAUGAAGUUGUUAAGGAAAUUGCAUCAAAAAUUGGAGAUGUAGUGGAGGUUAAAUUAGAAGCAAAAGGGAACAGUAAUUACAAGGUUGGCAGGGCUAGAGUUAAGUUGAAUUUAGAAAACCCUCUCAAAAUUGGAGUUCUUGUGAAUCUUCAUAACAAAAGUUUGUGGGUAGAGUUCAAGUACGAAAGGCUUUUGCACUAUUGUUAUUCAUGUGGAAGAAUUGGGCAUUAUGCUACUUUCUGCAAAGAAAUACCAUAUGAGGAGUCAGGGCUAACAGAGAACUUACCAGGUCGAUUUGGACAUUGGCUAAGAGCAUAA